GGGAGGGGUCUUCAAUUCCUCCACGGAGGUAACGCUCUGGGCUUCGCCACCUCUAUGGUUUUACUUCCCCAGCGCCUCCGCUUUCCAUGACCGCUCAAGCCGCCGUUCCUCUGUGGCUGGGUUGAGCCGGAAGUCGGUCCAUCGCUGCACCGGUCCUCCGCUCCCGGACUUCCGGUGAGGCCCAGUUUUUUUUUUUUUUACCUCAGAGAGCCGGUUUCGAAAAGCCCGAAUGGCGGCUUGGCUUCUUCUCUCCACGCUGGCCUUCUUGGCCUUGCUUGGAGCCGCGUCGGCGACGGCGAAUGAGACCACGGCGGCGCCUCCGCCGGACCCGGGGGUCCCCAAAAGCCCCGGGGGUCCCGCCGCGCCUCAGCCCACCGGGGUGGCUCCGACGACGGCCUCCGAGGCUUCCCCUCCUGGGCUCUCCGGGCUGGGGCUGCCGGCCCUCCACCGGGCCCUCUACGUCGUGCUCGGCAUCGGAGGCCUCGGCCUCCUCUACUACCUCGGGGGCCGGGCCUUUCGAACCAAGAAGCCUCCACGGAAAAAGUACGGCCUCUUGUCCAACUCGGAAGACCCCAUGGAAAUGGGCUCUCUAGAAAGCGACGAAGAAACAGUCUUUGAAACGAGGAACUUGAGGCGAUGAUGAUGGGGCCAAUGGCGUGAUGUGCCCGGGUUGACCAGAGAAGGUGCACCUCCGCCGUCGGAAGCUGCUUGUUCUCAAUUCUUCCUAAUUUCCCCCCCCAAAAAAACUGGGUAUCUUUUUUUUUCCUGAAGAAGUUGCUUGUCUGCUUAGUGCGAUCCCUUCCUCCCACAACUGUUGACGGGGGACAGGUGGUGGCCUUCCUCGCCAAGCCAGCGGGCGCUGGGAGGAUCUUGCGUUGUCAAGAAGAUGAGAAUUGGGGGGGAAGAGGGGGUGUCUUGAUACAGGUGGACGGUGGUGGAAAAAGGUGUGAUAUUGAAGCCCCGUUUGGGGGUGCCCUUUGUAGAUUGUCAUCUAAUGUUACAGAGGCCUGCCUGCUGCAUCUUUGAACAAGGUGUUUAAGAAGAAAAACCUUGGUUGUGCGCUAGCAGUGUUCUCAGUGGAGUGCAGUAGCAAAGGUGAGGAAGGAGGGCGUAUUAAACCCCUCUGGCCUUGAUCCUCCAGCUGUCGGGAUUUGAGAAAGUGCUGCUGGCAGCUCAUGGUGUUUUCAUGCUUCCCGAGCUUGACAGGGGCUCACUGUGCAGGCUUUCUGCAGUGGUGUCAGUUCGAGGGACUGCUGUUGAAGAUGGCUUAUAUACCGAGCAAUAUAUUUCUAGCAAGAACCCUGGAGAAGGAAUGAAGGGAACACCACGUAGGUAGCUAGUCACUCAGGUGCCUCGAACUUGGUGCGGGCAGCUAGUCAUUUUGAAAAGCUGUUCUCUCCCAUUCCCUGGUUUUUUAGUUAAGGUCAUCCCAAUGUCUUGUUCAGGGUUCCUUUUGAGGCUUAGCAGCAGCACCGUUACUUUUGAUGUUUCCCAGAAGGCGGAAGUAACACCAUGCUGAAUUGCUUGACAAUUGAAGACUCCCAUUUACCUGUGAAGGGUAGUGUGGUGUUUUACAUGCGGUGUCGAGCAAAGGCUGUUCGGGUAGAAAUCUACCUCCGCCUACUAUAGGGUGUGAGAGUGAGCUCUUUGUCGGCUUGGAUUACAGAGUUCUCUGCUGUUUUAUUUUUUUUAAUGCUCUUUCCUCCUGUACCUGGUGGGUGAAUAGUCAGGUUUAUACCCUCCUUUUCCAAACAAGUUAAGAUCGGUUGAAACUUCAGUCCAUUCCUAGGCAACAUUCUCAGUUCAUUCCUAUUGUGUGGCAUUAUAUUCUACAAACUGUCUCUCAAGCGUUUUCCGUGGGUGCCGAACAUUUCCUGAAUGGGUCCAUCUGUGGUGAAACCAGAAAGAGGCUUUCUCUUCUUCCCUUCCUACUUCGCAGAGAUGAGUGACAUUUGCUCACUGGACUUUUUUUUCCCCAGUCACCGACAUGUUGCCUUUUUUUUUUUUGGUCAAAACCUUUUCCUCCUCCUUUGGAACCAAGAGGAAAAUUGUGUUCAAGAAAUGACGUCUUCAGAUCAGUGCAAGGUGACUUUAGAGCACUUGCUGGACCGAGGUGCUUUAGGUGGAUUUAAAAUCAAGGUAGGGGAACCGUGCCUCCCAUCGUUCCUCACCCAUGGCCAACAACCUCUAGGGCUAAUGGAAACUUCAGUCCCGCAGCAUCAGAAGGACUUAAAUGUAUUCAUUUGUGUUCAUUUCUCUGUUUUGAAUAUUUCUAAGACUUUCGGUUUAAACCAGCCUUUUCCAAGUUGGCACGUUCUAGUUAUCCCGGGCUACAUUUCCCAUCAUGCUCAGACCGUGUGGGAGAGUGUAGUCCAACCCCUCAGAACAGCAUGGGGUUGAUUUAAGGCUGGCUUGGAGUCGGAGCACACCAUGGCCGCAGUGGUUUUCCGUUUGUGAAAGAGUCCCGUUAAAGGGGAGAGAAGUAAUAUUUCUGUUUCUUAAAUCUGCAAUCGAGGCAGUAUGAGUUUCCUUUUGUAAGUUUCUUUUGGAAAGCAGGGGCCGGGGGGGGGGAACCCUGCAGAUUUCCAUCUGGUGAAUAAUAAACAUUCCAUCUUGGGUUGUCUCUUCUGCUUGAAAUUUGGUAUUUUGAAGCGUGGUGGAUUAGGCUCCAGACGUAUGUUUGUGUGUACAUGUACGCCUGUAACCUUACAUGAUCCUGUUCAGAUCUCUGUGCUGUAGGCAAUGAAACCACCUUUUAACAUCAGCACUGAGGUGUUGUCCUGGACUGCGAAGCUAUAUAUCCUUUCUGCUGAAUUCUGGCAGGUUAGGGUGACUUAGCCUCUCCAGCGUUGUGCUGUUCAGGGUUUUUGGAGCAGAUGUUUCCAGCCCCGGCAGUGCAACUCAAGGUGACUCACAAAUCAUUGAAACAAGAAUUAAAAGCAACAUGUACAAAACAGCUCACAACUAUUAAAGAAUAAUUAAAAUAUAACAUGAAACAGAUUUAAAAAAUUAAAGCCUUC